CAGUCUCAACCCCGAGUUCCCUUUACUCUGGGAAAAGUACGUGCUCAGCAGCUUGUCCAACGCACUUCACGACUGCAUUCCGGCGGGUCCAGACGGGAUGCGUUGGUGACUGGCAGAUCAUCCUGGAGCCUUUGGAUCCCACCUCAGCGUUCGUGAUUGAGCAAUGGAGUCUUUUGCUGCCGACACCAAUUCAACUGACCUACACUCACAGCCUCUGUUUCAACCACAAGACAUUGCCUCCAUGGUCAUUCUCAGUCUCACUUGUUUAUUGGGACUGCCAGGCAAUGGGCUGGUGCUGUGGGUGGCUGGCGUAAAGAUGAAGACGACCGUGAACACAGUCUGGUUCCUCCAUCUCACGCUGGCCGAUUUCCUCUGCUGCCUUUCCUUGCCCUUCUCCCUGGCUCAUCUGAUUCUCCGAGGACACUGGCCCUAUGGCUUGGUCCUGUGCAAACUUAUCCCAUCCGUCAUUAUCCUCAACAUGUUUGCCAGUGUCUUCCUGCUUACUGCCAUCAGCCUGGACCGCUGUCUGAUGGUACAUAAGCCAAUCUGGUGCCAGAAUCAUCGGAACGUGAGAACAGCCUUCGCCAUCUGUGGAUGUGUCUGGGUGGUGGCCUUUGUGAUGUGUGUGCCCGUAUUUGUCUACCGUGAUCUGUUCGUUCUAGACAAUCACAGUGUAUGUGGUUAUAAUUUUGGUUCCUCCAGGUCAUCUGACUAUUGGGGGGACUACAUAUAUGAUCUAAAUCUACUAGAAAGCAAUUCUACCGCCAACUCCACUGCUCAGCUAACUGGACACAUAAAUGACAGGUCAGCUCCUUCCUCUCUACAAGCGAGGGAUCACCUUUGGGCAGCUACCACUGCCCUCCAGUCACAAACAUUCCAAACAUCUCCUGAAGACUCAUUCUCUCUAGAUUCAGCAAGUCAACAGCCCCAUUAUGGUGGAAAGCCUACUAAUGUGCUCAAAGCAGCCAUGCCCAGUGGAUUUUCUGUUGAAGAUCAUAAAUCCACCACAUUAAACACUGAUGCUUUUCUCUCUGCUCACUCAGAGUUGUCCCCUACUGCUUCUGGUGGUCAUUUAUACCCCCACGAUUUCCAGGAUGAUUAUUCUGACCAAUUCAUGUAUGACCAUCAUGUGUCGACACCUAUGAUGGCAAUAACCAUCACAAGAUUGGUGUUGGGCUUCCUGGUGCCGUUUUUCAUCAUGGUAACUUGUUACAGCCUCAUCGUCUUCAGAAUGCGAAAAGCCAACUUCACCAAGUCUCGGAACAAAACCUUUCGGGUGGCCAUGGCGGUAGUCACUGUCUUUUUUAUCUGCUGGACUCCAUACCAUAUUGUCGGAGUCCUGUUACUGAUUGCUGAUCCAGGAAGUUCCUUGGAGGAAGCUUUGAUACCCUGGGACCACAUGUCCAUUGCUUUAGCAUCUGCCAAUAGCUGCUUCAACCCUUUCCUUUAUGCCCUCUUGGGGAAAGACUUUAGGAAGAAAGCGAGACAGUCGAUAAAGGGCAUUCUGGAAGCAGCCUUCAGUGAAGAGCUCACGCAUUCUACCAGCUGUACCCAGGACAAAGCCUCUUCAAAAAGAAACAACAUGAGUACAGAUGUUUGAAGAUAUGGCGCUGGGGAACUAAGCAGAUGUUCUCAGGUGAAUACUAGUGAUGGAUGACAUGUGAGAGGGACACUUUAGACAAUAUGGCCACUCUCAGAGGAAAGUCUCUUAUUGACAGCAUUAUUUGAAAACAUUAAAGAUGCAAAUUUUCAAGCCCC